AAUUAUUUGUAUACAUCUUAACAUUUUAUACAAAUAAUGCAUAAGUUGAUCUACAACGAUUUAAUCGAUACCACUAACAGAACUACAAAAUGCCAUAUUAUACAAAAAUUAGUACAUUGUUAAGUUUGAAAAUCAUUAAUUAUCAAACUUUCAUUAAAUAUAUUCUAUUAAAUGUUCUUAUUGGCAGUUAACAGAAAAUCAAAUACAAAAAACAAGAACCAAUGGCUUUUGUGUCUUGUGUUUAUCGAGAAGUAAACCCUGAUCUAGCUUCGUAUUUCUGUAUCUUUAUAUACAGCUACAAGUUUUGGAUAAAUCGAUAUUAUGAAAGAUACGCCAAUAGCAUGAAGUUUCGCCUCUUUUCCGUGCAGCGUGUUGUGUAGUCCUUUGUAAAUCGUGCGCGGUUAGAGUAGAGAUGAAAAUGAGUGAAAAUUUUGUAUUCGUUAUCGCAGAUUAAUGAAUGUAUCGUUACACGUUUUAUGUUUUCCAAAUUUCGGAAUAACCACAAAAUUUUUAAAUACUUGCGACAUUCUUAACCAAAACACUCGAUCGUGUUUAGAAAUCGUACUUAAUCGUCUACAUUUUGGUAAUCAAGAUGUCAGAACAAUUUGUGGGCUGUACAGUUUCUGUUAAGUGUAUUGAAGAAAUUGGAACUUAUCAGGGUCAGAUAGUUGAUUUAAAUAAGGAUUAUGUUACGCUUGCAAAAGCUUUUUGUAAUGGAGUGCCUCAUUCUUCUUCUGUAGUUGUUUUAAGUACAAAAGAUAUAUUAACUGUUGAAUUUAUAUCGAUUAACGAGACAGAAUCAGCUGCAAGCGACAGUACUCCAGCACAGAAUAAAGUAACUGUAAAGAGACCUAUUGCUAAAAAAGCUGGAAGAUCUUUUUCAGAAAGUGUACCAUCUUCUACUCAAACUACAUCCUCUCAAACCCAAUUUGUUAUUAAGAAACCAGAUGUAAACACUCAAUCUCUUAUAGAACAACCAUCGAAUGGAAGAGUUCCAUUAGCUGAAUCUGCUAAUAAACCAAUACAGAAACGAUUAAGUCAUAGACAGAGAGCUUUGGAACGAGAUGAAAACACAUUUGGUACUCCAGUUGACCAGUAUUUAAAUCAAGACUUCGAUUUUGAGAAGAAUUUAGCAUUAUUUAAUAAAGAGGCUGUGUGGGAAGAAAUAAAUGCUUUGAAGCCUGAUAUUGUCAGACAAUCAGAGAAUAACUGGGGUACUACUGCAAUAUACCGACAUGAUGAAAAUAUUAUUGUUUCUGAACCCACAGUUUUCAGACAAAUAACAGUACCCUUUGCUGGUGAACAAGAAUAUAAAACAGACAAUGGCUUAAUAAUUCCUAGCAUAACCCUUAACCUUCAUCGUCAAUUAAUAGGCGCAGCGGAUCGGCUUGGAAUCAGUUGGGAACGUAGAGUGGAACUUCUUGGCCGUGCUGGCGCUGAAAUUAUUUUGCAACUGUUAGGAGGAAGUCAUCGACUUAAUCCAAAUAAUGAACACCAAUGGCCGACAGUUGUUGCGCUAUGCGGACCUCACCGUUCUGGUGCUGCAGGUGUCAAUUGUGCUCGUCAGUUAACUAGUCACGGCGUUAAAACUAUAGUGUUUGUAGAAAAUUCUGAAGAUGUAUUCCUUUUACAAGAAUUAUCUUUAUAUAAACUAACAGGAAAUAAGGUAGAAACUAAAGUUAAGAAUUUACCGUUUACGUUGGAUUUGAUACUCCUAGCACUUUGUGAUGAAAAUUCCCCAGAAGUUAUUACCCCGAUAGCAAAGUGGGUAAAUAGUAACAGAGCACCUAUUUUAGCUAUUGAACCACCAGCCGCAGGUACACCCGGUAUAGAUAGUAAAUUUAGUUUACUAGGUGGAUUGCCAUUGUCUCAUAGUGUUCACAAUGGCAGAUUAUAUUUAUGCAAUCUUGCAUUGCCAAACAAAGUAUAUGCAGAUGUUGGUAUAACAUACAGGUCUCCUUUUGGACCCAAAUUUGUCAUUCCUUUGCAUCCUAAUAUUUUUUAGCAUAUUUAUAUAGACGAUACUUCUAAUAGAAUAUUUUAGUUCAAUGUAAUUUUAAUCUUACGUCUUGCAUCUACAAAAUUAUGCUUAUGUUGAAAACUUAUUUUCGAAAUUUGUUUAAAUAAAAAAAAAAGUGAUGUUACAUUUAAUAUUACGUGUACGAUCUAUGCAAGAAUGUAGCAAGGGACAAAUUUAUGCGUAAAACUAAAUGCUUUAAAACAGAUUAAAUAAUUUCGAAAGAUUAAAAAUGAUCGCGAUACAAUACUAUGUAUAGAAAUAUCUGAUCUACUUAAAUGGGUGUACUGUUUACUAUUCCAAUAUGCGUAUAAUAUUUCUUUAUCAAAUAUUAUAAUCAGAUAAAAGGAACUGUGUAAAUAUGAAACGUGUCCCAUUUUUAUCUAUAAUUAUAAAUAUUUAAUAUUGGUGAUAUGCUGAAGUAAAUCAACUAAAUUCAAAUAAAACCGAUAUGAGAAGGUCACCUAUUAAAUAAUAGAAAUGAAGUUUACGUUACUUUGAAUUUUGAAUAUUCAUGUUCCGUGAGAAUGAAGACCAAUAUGUUUUUCAUAACUUAUCUUGUGAUAUAUUGACGUAAAAGAUUCGUAAUGUACUUAUUUAUAAAUUAUCCAGUAAAAGUAGUAUAGAAUUUGCAUUCAUUGUUAUCGUAUAACUUACUAUUACGGACGCAAAACGUAAACAAAAAUUUAUUACAUUGUUUAGAGCAUAAAAUAAAUCAUGGUAGUUAUAGUUUU